GUGUGUCUGACGGGAGGGGUCUUGAAGACAGCUUCAGUGUCCUCCAGACAUGUCUGCCCUGUGCAGGGCUGUGGCAAGACUUUCAAGCGCCCCGAACAUCUGAGUCGACAUCGAUUGAAUCAUCGUCCCAAGAAGAUAUACAGCUGCGACACUUGUCACAAAGGUUUUGUCAGGCUCGACCUGCUCCAGAGGCAUCAACGACGCCAUGAGCGAGGAAUGUCAUAUCGGAAAUCUGGCGGCUAUGUGCCUGAUACACCCGCCUCUCCUCCAGAUCCUCAGCAAAUGGACCUGCCAGACACUUCGCUCGAUAUGACUCUUGACACUGUCGAUGUCGCAACCCAACAAACGCCGCCGCCACAGCAAAAUAACUCAAUAACCGCGCCACUUCCAAUGCCGUCAAUUCCGGUACCUUUGCCGCUGGACGGCAUUGAAUAUCCAGACUUCCUCCAAAUGCCAGAGAUGGACGCCAGUCACCAUGUUAUCUUUGAUGCAUCAGACGGCGCACAAGGUCUGGUGGAAGACCUAGAUUGGCUUUUCGGGAACGUUCCAUUCACAGAGAAUUUGGAUAUGAGCCAGACAUUGGAUAUGAGCCUUCCCAACGAUCUGCCCUGGGCUUCCCCGAAUAGCACACUAUCCCAGCAGCUGAGUACCGAUGCACCCUCGUUGACGAGCGACCUGCUGGAGGAUCAAUUUUUCGACCCCUCCAACCUCAAAUCCUUCCUCGACAGCUACUUCUCGAAUUACAAUGCUCAUUUUCCGAUUCUUUAUCAGGCGUCAUUCGCCUUACAAGACACUUCGCCUCUGUUGCUCGUUGCCAUCCUCACUCUGGGAGCCACGUUGUCACCAGAUCCGUUGCACUACCGUGCCUCGGAGAGAAUUCACGAGAGUCUGAGAUGGCUCAUUUUUAGCUCUGGAAGUUUCCAGCCGCCAGCCCCUUUGUGGUACUUGCAAGCCCUACUCCUGGUCCAGGCAUGCGAGAAAAUGUUCUCCACACGAAAACGCCACGAGAUGGCACAUAUUUUUCACGGAGCCGUCAUUACACUGAUGCGAAGAGGCGGUUCUUACUCAUCUGAUGGCACCCUGGACUCCAGCAGCGCGUCAUCUGCAGAACGAGCCUGGCAUCUGUGGGUUGAACAAGAAUCGUUCAAACGAGUUGCAUAUUUUGCGUUCAUAAUGGAUGCUCAACACUCGUCGAUUUUCGGGCAUACGCCGGCACUCUCCACCAGUGAUGUGCAUUUUUCCUUGCCAUGCGCGGAUGAGGUAUGGGACAGCUCAAGCCCUUCAUCAUGGAAGAAGGCUUUUUCCAAAGCCGCCUCUGCUAUCCAAUUCUUGCCUACACUACGCGCUCUGCUCGCACGCCGCCCGAUGCCUUCAACCUGCAGUCCCUUUGCACGAUUUGUCCUGCUGCAUGGACUGUUCAACGUUACAAAGCAUAUGCAGGCCCGUGAUUUAAUGGCGUCGGACAUCGAGACUGGUAGGGCUUCGGAUCAUGGCGCUGAAUCGACUCCGUCUUCCAUCAUUGGGGUUGACAAUUGGAAAGAGAUCCUGGAUCGAGCUAUCGAUACUUGGUCAUUCUCUUUGAUGUCACAGCAGCCUUCAUUGUCACUUGAAGCUGCUAGACCGUUACACCGGAUGGCGCAUGUCACCAUCUACGUGAAUUUGAUCGACUUCCAUACAUUAGCUGGAGCACCGUCACUUACUGGUAGCAGUACCACGAGACACGAGUACACCAAAGCAAAGCGACGAAUUCAAAUGUGGUGCCAAAAACCAAUUGCUAGGCGUACAUUGUCGCACUGCAUCCUGUUGAUCCAAGAGACAAUGUUUACGAGAAAUCAGUAUCGAGCGUCUCAAGACAAUAUUGCACCCCGGCGUUGGUGCUUGUAUCAUGCAACUCUUAUCCUCUGGGCUUUCGGCAUCCUGACGGAAGGGAAACCUGCCGAGAAGAUCACUGCUGAGGACUACUUGGUCCAUAUGCUGAGUGGUCUGAUGGACCAUCAUACUCAGCUGAAAGGCACGAACAAAACCCUGGGGUUGAUCAGUGUGGUCAAAGACUCACUCUCUGACUGUCGUUGGGAACUACUCCAGGAAGCAUGCACGACCUUAGGUAAACUAAUCGAAUCUUCUGCGUCUUGA